GAAGAGAGUCAGCAUAUGAACAUAAAAUAAAAUAAAAACAUGGAAUGCUAUACAAAUUAAUUAAUUAAUUAUCUUCACAUCAUUUAAUUAAAUUCUUAAUUGACAUAAACGAUCAUGUCUCGAUUGCUACAUGAAAUCCAUACGAAAUGCAAUUGUAUGUGCUUCAAUUGGAGAACUGGCAUAACAACAAUUUCGAUCAUUACCGAAACAAUCCAAUUGGCAAUUAUGUAUUUUUGUAUGCUAAUUUUAAAAUGUCUAAAGACACAUAUUGGUAAUGUUAGGAACUAUAAGAAGCAUUAUAAUGAAGAGGAUGAACAAGAAUUCCCCUCGAUUCAGGCAAUUAAUGAGCUGAAAGUAUUUUAUUUCACAAUCAUCAUUUACGCUUUAGUCAUUUUCAUUUUCGGCAUAAUAUGUUCAGUUCUUCUUAUAUCCGGUGCCAAGAAGUGUCAAUCGAAAGCAGUACUGACUUGGCUCAUUUAUCAAGGGUUCUUUCUGGCGUCAUCAUUCGUAAUCGCUUACAUACUCAUUAAAGUGCGAGACGACAAGAAAUAUGUCUAUAGCUCGAUGGAGCAUAAAACGUUUUAUGAUCUUUCGACUGGAAUUUAUUGGGUCACGUUUAUCACAUUUUUGCCUGUGUUGCUUUAUUUUUGGAAGCGCGUCCUUUUCUUCUACAUGCAAAUGAUUAAGGGUACGAUUCAAGCAUCGAAUGCUGAGGACAACAAUAAUUUUAUCAUUGAUAGCAACACGGGUCAGUGUAGCGACGAUGAUGAUGAGCACCAAAGUGUUGCAUUCGUAAAAAAUGUCACGCUUGACAUCGAGCAUUAAUUUAUUUACUGCUGCUCAUGUAUAUAUCCACUUCGUUUUUUGAAUGUGUAUAUGCCGGCAAACAACAGCGCGGCUUGUAAUGCAUCAAUGCACAAAAACAGUAUGCUUGCUCUUUUUAUUCAGAACUAGAUAUAGACUCAGGCCUUUACAAUUGUAGAUUUGCGCAGCUAUUCUUCAUCCAUUGAGACUACAUAGACCCGUGUGAAAUCCGAUUUUAUAUUCAACCUCACAAACUGCAUGUAACCAUCUUAUAAUGUACAUGCAUGUAUUUAUAUUAACUAAAAUUCUCAUUCUGAUGUUGGUGCCGCGAUUGAUACACCCAAUUCUAUUCUACUCUAUGUUUACAAUACAAUUUUGUGUAUAUCCAUUGAAUGGAAAAUAAAAAGAAAAGAGGGAAUUGUAAAGAAUGAGCAGCAUAAGAAGUCUUUACGGCAGCGCUAUUUAAUUCUGUUUUAUUUUAAUUUUUCUGAGCUGAAUGAGAAACAAAAAUUUCAUGGACAUUAGGAAUUCUUUUAUUUCUCAUCAAAAUCGUAUCACAAACAUCAUCAUCG